ACCAUGGCAAGCCACAUUGAGGCCAGUCUCGAAUGCCCGGCCUGUUUGGAGCUCUUUAAAGAUCCAGUCAUGCUGCCGUGUACUCACAGCAUCUGCAAAGACUGUCUGCAGAAAUGGCAUGAUCAGAAAAGUGGUUACUCAUGUCCAGUCUGUAGAAGAGAGUUUCCGUCCAUGGAUAUGCCCAGGAACUUGGCACUGAGGAACGCGUGUGAGGCUUUUUCACGAGCCUCAACCGAGUCGAAAGACAUCUCCAGCUCCUGCCAAGAGUUUCUGCAGAUAAGGUCGGAGCAGAAAAGCGGUCACUCCUGUCCAGUCUCGAGAAAAGAGUUUUCGUCCAUGGAUAUAACGUUGAACUUUGCACUGAGGAAUGCGAGUGCAGCCCCUUCAAAAGCCUCAAUCGAGUCGAAGGACAUCUGCAGCUUGCACAAGAAGAAACUCGAGCUCUUCUGUUUGGACCACCAGGAGCUUGUGUGCCUCGACUGCAGAGAUGCAGAAACCCACGAUGGGCAUAAAAUCCGUCCCAUUGAUGAAGUUGCAAAAGGUAACAAAGAGAAACUCCAGGAAUUCCUGCAGGUUGCAAUGGAAAGUCUGAAAGAUUAUACAGAGAGAAGGGACAACUGCAUUGAACAAUCGGCGUACAUGAAGGUCCAGUGGGAGCAUGUGGAACGCAAAAUUAAGAAGGAUUUUGAGGAGCUUCGUCACUUCCUGCAGGUUGAGGAGGAGGCCAGGUUGUCUGCUCUGAGGGAGGAAGAGAAGAACAAAACUCAGAUGAUAAAGGAGAAAAUUGAAGCUCUCAGCGCAGACAUGGCCGCUCUCUCAGUUACGAUCAGAACCGCAGAGGAGCAGCUGGUGUCUGACAACCUUUCCUUCAUGAAUAACUUCCAGACUUUGAUGACCAGAAUGCAGAAGCUGUCCAAGCCCGAGCAGCUCCCAAGGGGAUUUCUCCUAGAUGAAGCCAAACACGUGGGCAACCUCAAGUUCACCGCGUGGAAACGAAUGAAGGAGAUUGUUGCCUACAGUCCCAUCAUUCUGGACCCUAACACAGCCGGUCGAGGACUUAGUCUGUCUGAAGAUCUGACCAGCGUGAGAACCGGUGACGAACAGCAGCGUCCCCAAAAUCCAGAGAGGUCUUGUACGAACAGUGUUUUCAGUUCUGCUUUGGCCUUGGGGACGAACAUCUGGGAUGUUGAGGUGGGAGACAACACUUACUGGGAGCUGGGGGUGAUGUUUGGUGGAGCCUUGUUUUGUAUCGCAUUUCAAAAUGAUAAAUACAAAAUUGUCUCAGAACGAUUAAACACAUGGUAUCCGUCUGUGAAACUGAAGAGGAUCCGAGUUCACGUGGACACUAACGAAAGGUCACUUUCAUUCACCGAAUCUCUAACAAAUACUUUUCUGUAUCGAACAAUUCUUCCCAAUUGGAGACAUCCAUCCGGCGACAUGAAAAUCGUCCCCUGCUUUUUGACCGAGGAUAAAUAUCCUCUGAAAAUAAUUCCAUUUUCGCCUUGUGUUACGAUUCAAAAUCAGCAAUGAUGUCAGAGAUUUAUUUUUUUGGACUGUCCGAUGUUUGCCCAAGACACGACAUUACGAGGCGGGACUGGCAAAAUUAGAAUCGCCCACAUGAGAAUGCUUCUCCGAAGUGUUAACAUUAUGCCGGUGCAGAAGGUGGGAAAAAUGUUUGAGACCUUGUUAGAUAAUUAAUGAGCACCGUUAAUAAUUUUUAUUUGUUUGUUCAGA